CCUGGAGAGAUGGGAGAGGCGGGUCCCUCUGGAGAGCCAGGCGUCCCUGGCGAUGUUGGUGUUCCUGGUGAGAGAGGUCUGCCGGGACCCAGAGGAGCAACCGGCCCACUUGGUCUUCAGGGCCCGAUGGGAGCCCCCGGAGUCAGAGGUUUCCAGGGUCCCAAAGGUGCCGGUGGGGAGCCUGGCCUUCCCGGUCCAACUGGAAUUCGUGGAGAGUUAGGUGACAGGGGUCCUACUGGUGUUCCUGGUCCCAAAGGUAACCAGGGCAUUGCUGGAGCAGAUGGCCUCCCAGGUGACAAAGGAGAACUGGGUCCCUUUGGUCCCCCUGGCCAAAAAGGAGAGCCAGGAAAAAGAGGAGAACUUGGUCCAAAAGGUGUCCAAGGACCUAACGGGACAGCCGGAGUGCCAGGGAUCCCAGGACACCCAGGGCCCAUGGGCCAUCAGGGGGAGCAAGGCGUUCCCGGCGUCACGGGAAAACCGGGGCCUCCUGGCAAAGAGGCCAGUGAACAACAUAUAAGAGAACUGUGUGGGGAGAUGAUAAAUGAUCAAAUUGCACAGCUAGCUGCUAACCUGAGAAAGCCCUUGUCUCCCGGAAUGACGGGUCGGCCCGGGCCGGCCGGUCCCCCAGGGCCGCCUGGAGCUGCGGGCAGCGCUGGGCACCCUGGUCCUCGUGGUCCCCCGGGGUACAGAGGGCCAACAGGAGAGCUUGGCGAUCCCGGUCCCAGAGGUGACACUGGCGAGAAGGGAGAUAAAGGACCUGUUGGUCAAGGCAUUGACGGGCCUGACGGCGAUCAAGGACUUCAAGGACCGCCUGGUGUACCUGGAAUUACUAAAAAUGGUCGUGAUGGUGCUCAGGGUGAACCCGGUCUUCCAGGCGAUCCCGGUACUCCUGGUGCUAUUGGGGCUCAGGGAACUCCAGGAAUAUGCGACACGUCGGCUUGCAUGGGAGCUGUUGGAGUAUCAACUUCCAAAAAAUCAUAAAACAACAGUACAAGAAGUGGAGAAGUGACUGAAUAUUUAAAUAAACAGUGCAUUGUAAGAAAACAGACAGAACCCUCCUAGUGAUAAACGGACAAAUGUUCCUUCUAUUAUAUUAAGUGGAGACUUUGACACAGUUCUAUGAAAAAGAAAGCAUCAGAUGAAAACUUUUAAUUAAAGGUGCUCUCCUCCCCCCAGUUAUUUUCCAGAAUUUUUACUGCUAAACCACCUCACCUUCCCUUUCUCCCUUUGUUCAAGAGACCCGCAAGAGGAAGCACUGGUCCUUUGUACCGUUACGCCCCCCGAACUCUGUACUAAAGAUCGCGACUUCGCUGUAUAAACGUUUGAGCCUUCUCAGCUGAGUUC